ACCUCGAUUCCCCUAAGACUUGCGUCGCUGCGUACUGAGUACUGACUGGAGUUUGUUGCGAAAUUGUGCUGUAUGCACUGGAAAGUAACUACAUGUGCUUUGCGUGAGUAGAUAAAAAUGGAAAAGACGAUUAGCUUACCAAAUCAACUUAACAAAACCACUCCGGUUACCUUGGUGGAGACCAACAGCGCCCCGAGUGGUGUGGAACUGGUGAGCUCCUAUCAAACGAACAGAGUUGGAGAUCCUAUGGACCUCGUUGUCCUGGCGCAGCAAGUGCAGAAAGGAGAUGAGUUUAUCAGAGCCAAUGCAUGUAACAGAUUGACUGUCAUCGCUGAUCAAAUAAGAUACCUUCAGGAGCAAGCAAGAAAGGUUUUGGAAGAUGCGAAGAAGGACGCCGAGCUGCAUCAUGCAGCCUGCAAUGUGGUGAAGAAACCCGGGAACAUGUAUUACCUUUACUUGCGCGAGUCAGGGCAGCGCUAUUUCUCCAUCCUCUCACCUGAGGAAUGGGGACCUGGCUGCCCACACAAGUUCCUUGGCGGGUAUAAGCUUCAGUACGACAUGUCUUGGACACCGCUGGAGGAUGUGGAAAAAAGGGACUCUGAAACCGCCAUCAUGGACAAGCUGUUGAACCAGCAAACUGCCCUCCCUUCUGCGACGGAGCCCAACUUUCAGGGGCUGUCCUAAAUGAAUGCCCAUGACCAAGAACCAACUGCCUUCCAUUGCAGUCUGGACUUAAUUAUUAAUUAAUUAAACCAAGACAAUUCUUAGCAAUUAUGUUAGCAAGCCUAAUCACACCUUUUGGUGCAGAACUAGAGCCUUAAAUUUGUGCAGUUUUCAAAAUCCUUAAGUCCUCCAGCCUCCUCACAAUUAAAUGUAUCCAGCAUUCAAAAUAUAUAUACCAGUGAACUGUUAAAUUAACCUACCGUUUGUGUCUGUUACAGUGCAAUACUUUCUGUCAAUUUGUAGUGCAUCCUAGUGGAGUCAGGCAUCUCAGUGAGGAACAGAAUGUUUAAAGAAGUUCAAACCUUUGAAUUCAGAAUAAGCUAUGAUUCAUAUUAUAUUUGUCCAAUGUAUGCAUUCAAGUGUGCAAAAAAUGCUUACUGAAAUUUAUGUUCGAUUACUUUAUUUAAUUGCUUUAAAGGGAUAAGUGCACCAACCACAGCUUUAUCAGAACCAACGCUGAAGACAGUCCAAUAUUUUUACCUGAAAAUGUCUUGGUUGGUGCCUGUGAAACAGACUGGAGUAUUUAAUGGUACACAUCUUUUUUGGGCAAUUUAUAUUUGCGAUGGCACUCAUGGAUUACUCAAUGUUAUAGCAACUUAAUUUAUUAUAUUGUCAAAUGCUUUUAUGUGAUUAAAGAAAUGUACACUGGGUCCUCAGGUAAGGAUAAGUAAAACAUCCAAUAUCAAAUAAAAUAGAUGAACUUUAA